AUGGAAAGGUCAAAGGUGAACUUCGUGGUUUGGAUGUUUAGCGGGCUCCAAAAUAAACUCGGUUGCUAGUUUUUUUCUUCUUUUUACUAGCUAAUGUCUGAAAGGAGUACAUCCUACACGUAACCAGGUUUGACUGGGGCAUUUGGUUUCAUUUUAAAUCCCGUCUUGUUGCUACAGAACUCUGCAGUUAUUUGACAUAGCUGCACUUACUGUAGUUCGUUAAUAACUAGCGGCUAACUGUUAGCUGCUUGGUUUUCCCGGGUUACUGGUCUGUUUUGAUCCCCAGUCCGCUGUAUAAUCAAACUGCAUAAACUACGCACUGUUUUAACAAACCUCUUUCAUUUUAAUAAACUUCAAGUAUCCGCGAGUUUGUUGUGUUAAUACUAAACCGGGUAGUAGAGUGAAUACGUGAAGUUCCCACGCUAAUUUGGCUAACACAGGCUAGCUAAGCUAAGUGUGUGUAGUAGUAAUGGCGGAGAGACCGGAGGACCUGAACCUGCCCAACGCUGUCAUCACCCGCAUUAUCAAAGAGGCUUUACCAGACGGUGUAAAUGUGUCAAAAGAGGCGAGAAGAGCCAUAUCUCAAGCAGCCAGUGUGUUUGUUCUGUACGCAACAUCAUGUGCCAACAGUUUUGCCAUGAAAGCCAAAAGAAAGACUCUGAACGCCAGCGAUGUGAUGUCUGCUAUGGAUGAGAUGGAGUUCGAGCGUUUCUUGCCACCUCUGCGCGAGGCUCUUGAGGCCUACAAAAAGGGCCAGAAGGGGAAAAAAGAGGCAUCAGAACAGAAACGUAAGGAUAAAGAGAAGAAGAAUGGCACGGAGGAAAAUGACAAGAGCAGAGAGGAAGAGGAUGAAGAAGAACACACAGAAGAUGAGCAGGAUGGAGAGAACGAGGGAGAGGAGGAGGACGUGGAGAACUGAAGGGGAAUGGCAGAAGUUCAGCACUAUUUUCUACCCACCCCGUUUUAUAGAGACACUCUAGUUGUGUGUCCACUUUGCAGAAGAAGAGGGAGAGAAAAGACAGCCAGCACUUGAUUGCUAUGAAAACUAAAAUUAGGCACAGAGGAUUAAAAGAUGAUGAUGGCGGCUUCCCAUCUCUGUCCUGUUUAUAAGAACUGUCUAAGUUCAUUUUGUACUUGUCAUCUUCACCCACAUGAGGAAGUUUAGAAAUGAAAGUAGGCCAUAUCAGUGUACCUGUAGAUUAAAGAACAGACUGAGAGAGUGAAAAGUUGGAGCUUCUUUUUUUUUAUGUAAUUGAUGUCUGCAGGUGAAGUUGUACUGUUAAAGUCAUCUACGUCUUUUGGUGCUUCAUCAGGGGAUAGAUCGUACAAGAAAGUCUGGCAGCAUGUUCAAAAAUUCAGGGAAUGUGGAAAAUGCAUUGCUGAAAUAGAGACGUGGAUGUUUUUGAUAAGUUUCCUCACAUGUGGGUCAGGGCUUUGCAGGCAUCUGGCCUUGAGAAAUGUUUUAAUAUCUUCAAAUAAAUUUGUACUUUUGUAAGAGCCA